UUGGCCGCAAUAAGAUUCGAAUUACAGCCAGAAUCACAACGAAUGUUGCAGUGUUUAACGGAAGUUCGCGAUCACAAUUGUGGUCAAAUCGAUGCAUUCAAUGACGUCUAGUAAUGACGUAUGCAUUUAAAUGUGCCGCGUUUACAUUGACUUACGUUUCAGUUAAACUAUUUUAAAUGACACAAAACUAGAGUGGGCGACUUUAUUGACUUUGUUGGUAGUUGCGAGCCGGUCGGUCGAAAUAUUUAGGUGGUUGUCAUUCAUUAUAAACGAGGGCUGAAACGCAACGCGGCAGCUCGGACGGUCACGCAGGUGGAAGGAGGAAAACAGGACGCAGCUGCGACGCUGAACUUCACCGCCAAACAGCGACGCGCGCUUCGAGUUUCUGCCCUCGUUUCCUCUUCUCCUCUCCCGCCAGUCGCGUCUCCCCAGUCCGCGAGAGCGUGUGUCUCAGGGAGCAUGGCUGCUAUCAAGGCUCUGGAGCUCUGGUGCCGAAGCCAGUGUGAAGGCUACCGGGACGUCAGCAUCACCAACAUGACCACUUCGUUCCGCAGCGGACUCGCCUUCUGUGCUCUCAUUCACAAGUUCAGACCGGACCUCAUAGAUUACGACUCUCUUCGCAAGGAGGAUGUGUUCAAGAACAACAGUCUGGCCUUUCGGGUUGCUGAGGAGAAGUUGGGGAUCCCCGCCUUGUUGGAUGCAGAAGACAUGGUGGCUUUGAGGAUCCCAGACAGACUGAGCAUCCUCACCUACGUCUCUCAGUACCAUAACUACUUCAAAGGACGGCCGCCUAUGGGGGGAGUGAAGAGGCCAGCAGAGGGCCCCAAGGAGAAGCCCCUGAGGAAAAAUCUACCGGUGCACGCUGAAACCUUUGUGUCAAAAAGCACCCGGGAGAACCGUUCAACUCCUGCAGACACCGUUCAGAGUUCUCCAAAGUCUACUGGCGCUGCAGCUCUGGCAGAGAAAACAGUUUUGACUGAGAAUUCCAACAAGUCCGGAACUCUGAACAGCAAGUGUGCUGCCUGCAAGAGUCACGUUCACCUGGUGCAGAGACACUUUGUGGACGGCAGACUCUACCACCGAAGCUGUUUUGUAUGCAGUGAGUGCUCCUGCGUUCUCCAUGUGGGAUCGUACAAAGCAGGGAAGACGCCUGACACUUUCGUUUGUAAAAACCAUCCGAGCUCUGGACCUCUGUCCUCAGAGGUUUCUGUUAAAAAGGGACCCGUGACUGUUUCAUCAGGACGAGCAACUGCAGUCACUAAGCCCCAGCCUGCCCCACAUCCCUCGUCUGUGUUGUUGUCUGCACCUCCAGAUGUUGUCCUGAAGCCAGUCCAUCCUGAUCCCCCGCCACAUUCGUGGACCCUUUCAGCUCAGAGGACUCAGGCUGCGAGGCAGAAGUUCUUCGAGGUUGCACAGGCAUCAACUGGCACCAAGGUGCCAGCAAGAGAUCUGAGUCCCACUGCUGAUAAAAUCAGAGCAAGGACUGUGAUUGGAAAGAAACUAGCCGAGGAAAACUUCAACAAUAACAACAAGCGACCAUUCACUAUACGAUCAGCAGAGAGACGGUUUGGAGAUGAGCCAGCGGGUCUUUGCAAAGAUAAACAAGGUAGAGAGGCAGCAGGAAACCUGGCAGGACAGGGCAACACCGGCCUCUUGAACCAGAAGGAAGCACCGGGUCCCAAGGUCUUCAGCAGAAAUGACAGCACAACACCGACUGCUGUGAACAACACUGCCAAAGAUGCUGUUGCCGAGUGGCAAGCGAAGCUCAACCCUGUGAAGCCACAAUCAGCAACAAGUGACCCCUCCUCUCAACGACAACAUAAACCAGUAACUACACCCCCGGCACCUAUGGAGGUUCCAGUCUCUACCUGGAAACCUCCGUUGGCUCCAACUUCUGCUGGACCGAUAUUUGUUCCUGCUCCUUUCAAAGAUGUGACUCAGAUAAAGCCUCCACAUGGGUUAAGGAGUCAGGUUGCUAAACCGCCGAACUGCUCGCCUGUGAAAUCCCCACCGAAAUGUCCAGCUGUGGAAUCCCGUGUCUCCUCCUCCUUCGCCGCCGCUCCACCCGUCCAUGAAAACUCAUCAGGUGCUAAAAAGGGAAAGUAUUUGUCACCCACUGACGCCUCCAGGACCGAAAUGAGGUCACCCUCCGUGAGGUCUUGUCAUAUCCCGCUGGAGCAGAUUGAGCAGGAGCUGGAUGAUAUUGAGACAAAUUUGGAACGGCUAGAGAGGGAAGGAGUGGAGCUGGAGAAGAAACUCCGGAGCUGUGAGGAAGAUGGCGACGGUGACAUUCUGAUGGAUCCACUGAUGGUCGACUGGUUCAACCUGAUCCGGAAAAAGCAAAUGUACAUUCGGAAGGAAUCUGAGCUUGUUUACAUAGCCAGGACUCAGGAGCUGGAGCAGCAGCAGCCGGGCGUGGAGUGGGAACUCCGUACACUGAUGGAGAAACCAGACCAUUUGAAAUCCAACGAGGAGAAACAGAAGGAGAAAAAGUUGAUGCAGCGGCUGAUGGAGAUCGUGGACAGGAGAAACGCCAUAGUGGAAGGUUUGGAUGAAGACCGGCUGAGGGAAGUUGAAGAAGAUCAGCAGCUGAAUGAAAUGAUGAGAAAUCUCGGAGUAAAGAAAACCAAACCAAAGAGGAAGUCUUCCAUUUCUAAACUGUUUCGAAGAAGAAGUAAAAGGAGAGUGGAGUAAGGUUUAGUCAUUUUAACUGAUUAUUAUGCUUAAUGAAUUGUAUUUAAAGUUAGAAUAAUAACAUUAGUGGCUUUCAGAAAACAUGUAUCAACUGAGAGGAAAUAAUUUUUAAACCAUGUUUUCUACUUUUUGUCCACUUUUCUACGGGUGGCUCACGUUUUCACUUUAGUUUCUCACAGUAAUGGUUGUUAUUGUUCCAAAGUUAUUGAUGCACAACAAUGCAAUUCGUAUCUUGAGACAUUUAUUUUUAAUGAUGACUUCUUGUGAUAUUUAUUAAUGUGACGUCUUGUCAAGUUCAAAUGGAUUAAAAAGUUAAUUUGUUUUAUGCAAAUACAUAUCUAUAAAUGUCUGUGAACUCACAAAGUAUUUCUUGACAAUGUUAGCAUGACGCUGAAUGGUUUUAUCAUUUUAAUUCUGAAUUCCGAAAAGUUCUGUCUCUCAGCAGAGGGGAAGGUUUUGUUUACCCUGGAUUGAAUUUCACAAUGGUGGUGUUUGUUUACGAAAAGUUACACUUUUGUUUGCCGACAAUUUGUUCUGUUGUUAUCACGGUUUCACGAAGCGAUCUCCUUUAAUUACGGUGCUUUAAUGCGCAUGCUGUGGGUGCGGAAAUUGCCUGUUUAAUUGAUUCCUUUUCAUUAAUGUUAAUUAAAUUAAACCCAAAUCUAUUAACUCAGAUGGUUGUGAAAUGUAUCAUUAUCUGAAUUCCAUGUGUGUUUGACUAGAAAAUAUCAGUAUGUUAAAAGUAGAUAUUAUUGGAUGAAGCCAUACAGACAAAUGGAGUUUAAAUGUCUCCCCAAAAAGUGUGCAACAAGUUAAGAUGUGUU